AUGAGCACCGAAGGACGUGCUAGCGGGUUCGGCGCUUCCGUGCCAGCUGGCUCGCCUCGCGCACAGCAUCCUCACUCGGCGGUCCCGAGAGACCUGCAACGCAAACAAGAAUCAUCAUCGUCGGCAGCGGCGCCACCACCACCGGGCAGUCCCGAUCGCAAACGCCCGCGCUACGAUCCUGGUCUGUCAUCCCGCGACAUGGCCGACGAAGAAGAACACGACGAAUUGGAGGAGACCGAAGAGACCACCCGACCUCACGGCGAGUCGGAUGAACCGAAAGUGGAACGGAAGGGUUCGGGACCGGAUCCGGUCAGUCGGUCAUCGAGUGCAGCAGCGCAUGCGCAGUGGGCCGGGAGGAGCGCCAGCGCCGCCGUGGAUUCGAGGUAUCCGCCCCAACAGCAGCCACAGCAGCGAGGUGCGCCGCCGCAGCAACAUCGUCCCGAGGCCGGAGGUGGCCCGCAGGAGCGUCGCUACGAGUAUGAGCGUCCUCCACCGCCAGGUCGCUAUGACUCUGGGUUGGGAAUUCGCGAAGAGGGCCGUCAUGCUGGUGGUAUGGUGGGCGAUCGAUACGGCGAAGCGGAACGGGAGCACCGUGGUCCCGCUAAGAUGGAGUAUCCCUCGCCGUCGAUGCGGAUGCCACCUCCUGGUGGAGCCGACCCCAACAUGCCACCCUACCGCAACCGCCCCUCGUCACCACCACCACCCCGACUGCCUGGCUUCGCCUCGCUCGAGCCUGAGGGACUCGGUCUGCGUCCACGCGACGACCUCCCCGGCCCCUACAGCUCUUCCCCUCGUCGACCCGUACCCUUCCACGGUCCGUCGUACGCCUCGUACCCGCCACCACCCGCUCGCACCCCUCUCAUGCACCACCACGCCUCGCAACCCUCCCCAACCCCGUCCACCUCGUAUGGCAACCCGCCCAUGAUACACCCCGCGCUCGCCGGUCUCCCCGGCGCAGGUGGCGGUCCGGGUGGCAAACAGCAACCCUCGUUCGUCUCGAAACUCUACUCGAUGCUCGAAGACCCCUCCAUUGGCGACCUCAUCAGCUGGGGCACCUCGGGUUCGGUCUUCUCGGUCGCCAACCCGGCCGAGUUCUCCCGUCUCGUCCUACCCAACUGGUUCAAGCACUCUAACUGGCAGUCCUUCGUGCGCCAGCUCAACAUGUAUGGAUUUCACAAGGUGAACCAUUCCUAUCAGGGAAACCCGACGGACGAGGUGCAGGUGUGGGAGUUUCGUCAUCCGAGUUUCAGGCGGGGGGAGAUUGCGGCGUUGAAUGAUAUCAAGCGGAAGAGUUCGAGGCAGAAGCGGGGCUCUCCGGGACCAGGAGGGGAGAUGAGGGCGGAUCGAAGUGCGGGAUCCAGCACGCCGAGUCCGGAGGUGAGCCUCAGCAGCAUCGCCGGUGGCAGACGGGAGUUCUACGACGACCAGUACGCACGUGGGGGUGGGGAGCGAUACGAGCCCUACCCACCCCAGCGAGGACCGCCCGAGGAGUUCGCCUACGCAAGAGAUCCCCCUCCCGCCCCCUUCGUCGAUCCACGCAGCAGACCGGACAUGGAUAGAGCAGAAGCGAUCGCCCGCUUCGAAGACCUGAGCGAACGAACCGACGCGAUCAUUCGUCACGCCAGCUUUCUCGAGAGCCAAAUCCGCAUCAUGGCCGUCCAGAUGAACGAAUCCAGGGCCACGGCAGGGCAGAUGGUCAGGGAGGAGAUGGUCCAGAUGCUGGAUCGGUUGGAGAGGGCUCUGACGGCUCCCGGCCCGCCAGGCGUCGAUUCCACCACCAAGAUGGUCGAAGCGAUUCGCGGACAGUUGGCCUUCUACUCGCAUCGCGCUGGACCAAAACCGAUCCAGCAGAUCGGCGCCGAGCCCAAGAGGCCGAGCAUCUGA